AUGCCGGGCUCUCACUCGCACCGCCAGAUGGGCAUCCUGUCCGUGGCGCUCAUCACUUACUUCAACGUCAGCGGCGGCCCGUGGGGCAGCGAGCCCGUGCUGGCAGCCUGCGGGCCCUUCGUGGGCAUCCUGGCCGUGAUGCUGUUCCCGUGGGUGUGGUGCCUGCCGCUGGCGCUCACGUUCGCCGAGCUGUUCACGGCGUUCCCGACCGACGGCAGCUUCUGCAAGUGGGUGGGCGUGGCGUUCGGCCGACCCAUGGGCUUCCAGGUCGGCUACUGGUCCUGGACCUCGGGCGUCAUCGACAACGCCAUCUACCCGUGCCUCAUCGUGGACACGCUGCUGGCGCUGCUGCAGGGCGACAAGGACGCGGCGGACGGCGCGGACGGCGUCGCCUGGAGCGUCUUCGCCAUGCGCGCGGCGUUCGCCGUGCUGUUCAUGCUACCCACGCUCACCAGCAUCAAGGUUGUGGGACAGACGCUGCUGGUCAUGGGGGUCAUGAUCUUCCUGCCGUUUGCAGUGCUGGUGACUUACGCCACGCCGCUGAUUCAACCAGCCAAUUGGUUUGUCAUCCGCAAGGACCGCGAUUGGGGAAGGUUGAUGAGUGCGUUGUACUGGAACUACAGUGGUUUUGAUGCUGCGGGGGCCUACGCGGGGGAGAUCCAGUCGCCCAAGACGACGUACCCGAGGGCGAUGGUGCUGACGGUGGUGAUGAUUGCAUUCACGUAUAUCAUCCCGUUCAUUGCCAUUUCGGGGGCGGACAUGCCGCACUACACGACUUGGGACGACGGCUCGUACUCGGUGAUCGCGCAGCAGAUUGGCGGCACGUGGCUCUGCAUCUGGGUGCUGAUCUCGUCGGUGUUUGGCAACCUGGGGCUUUACGUCGCGGAGAUGGCAAAGGACGGCUUCCAGCUUGCUGGUAUGGCUGACUCAGGCUUGGCUCCACCCUACUUCGCCCAACGUCACCCGGACACUGGUGUCCCGCGACGAGCAAUCCUGCUGGCGUUCUUCAUCAUCGUGUUCAUGGGCAUGUUCGACUUUGACACGAUUCUGGGGGUCGACAACUUCCUGUCGGCGCUGUCGUCGCUCGUGGAGAUGAGUGCUGCUGUGCGUAUGCGCUUCUCGCACCCCGAGAUCGAACGACCAUACCGCGUGAACCUGUCGGACCGCUCGUUGGUUGUAGCCAUGCUGCUGCCUUUCACGCUGGGCGUGUUCAUCAUGAUCAACGAGCUGACCAAGUCCUGGACCAGCUUCUCGCUCAACGUGAUCGCGCUGGCGUUUGGCUACAUCGUGCAAAAGUACAUCGAGCGCCACCCCUACCACAAGUACCAAGAGAUCAUCGGCGCGCCGCUGCACCUGACCGAUCUCUCUGAGGAACUCUAGCUAGACCCGUCUCC